CGUUCCUCUUCAGCCUCGUGAUGACAGCAACAAAAACUACUGGAUUGAAAUCCAACAUAACAAACAAUGGCGCCUUCUGAAAAGAUGAUCGUCGCAGAGCUUCGCUCAGCUAUCCUAUCUACAUUCAAUGGCCCAGACCGCACGCUCUUGACUGUAAAAAAGAUUCGCGCAAAGGUUGAGGAAGACUUGAACCUCCCUAAUGAUUUCUUUUCGCAGGGAGCAUGGAAAGAGAAAUCGAAGACGCUGAUCAGGACAUACGCACAAGAGUUGAUGGAUGGGGAAGAAGCAGCAGGAGGAGCGACAUCAUCGCCGGUUAAAGCCAAGCCAGAGAGCACACCACAACCAACCCCGAAGAAGAUUACUCCAUUGAGAAAGGGCACGAAACGCGCAUCACAAGAGAAGCAGGAAAGACCAAAGAAGCGCCAAAAGAAAGAGGAGACUCCUAUUUCUGACGAGGAAAUUGACGAACCAACUGAAGAAGAGUCGGAGGAGGCUGAGGAAUCUGAGUUUGGAGACUCCGAAGACAGCGAUGAUAAAGGUAGAAAGAAGUCUAAGGCCAAAGGUCCAAAGUGUGCUUCAAAGAGCAGGGCAAAGGUCGACUCUGACUCAGGAGAGGAUGAUGAGAGUGAAGACUCCUUACCAGAUUCCUUGGUAGAUUCCGACGAUAGCGAUGCGCCCAAGAAGAAGACAAAACCCAAGUCAAAGCCAGCCGCGAAACCCACACCUAAACGCCAGGUGAAGACCAAGCCCAAGGCCAAACAUGUGUCUGAGGACGAAGAAGAUGAGCCAGAAGAACCACCGAAAACAGCGACAAAGGAUAUAGUCGAUUCCGAGGAAGAACCAGAAGAGACUGACACCGCCUUGGCGCCCAAGAAAGAAGAGCACAAAUCUCAAUUCAUGAAGGCACCCUCAGCAGAAUCCUCAGAGCUCACUCCAGUCCCCAAAGAUGCCGACCUCUCCGACAGCGAGAUGUCAGUCGUUCUCGACGAAGAACCUAAACCAAAGCGAAAGCGAAGAUCCAAGGUCGAAAUGGCAGAUCCCUCAUCUCGAGCCCCCAAACCCGCCAAAGCCCCCAAAGAGCCAAAAGCCGCCAAACCGGCCAAGACUAAAGCCAAGGCCCCGCCUGCAGGCAAAGAUCUAACAGAGGAUGAGCAGCAGAUCAAGACGUACCAAUCACAGCUCAAGAAAUGCGGUAUAAACAAGAUCUGGCAAUUCGAGCUAAAGCAAUAUGGAGACGACAAUAAGGCCAAGAUCCGACAUCUGCAAGGAGUGUUGAAGGACAUUGGUAUGACGGGGCGUUUCAGUGAAGCGAGAGCUCGGGAGAUCAAGGAGAUGAGGGAGUUGCAAGCUGAUUUGGAAGCUGUCAAGGAGGGAGAGAAGUCAUGGGGUUUGGACAGUGGACGAAGAGCGAGUCGGGGUGGAUCGAAGAAGAAGAGUCUGAAAGAGGAUAGUGAUGAAGAUGACGAGGGUGGUGAUGCAGGGGAUGAUGAUGACGAAGACGAGAAGAAGGCGAGCAACAGUCGAAGUUCGAGUGAGCAACCGGCGGCGAGAAAACCAAGGGCUAGAGCCGCGUUGGCGUUUCUGGAGGAUGAGGACAGUGAUGAAUGAUCUCACGGCCCUUAAAGAUAUGUGCGAUCAAUCAUCUAUGGAUUGGGAUCUUUGGAGCGGAGUCCACCCAGGAGACUAUAUAUAGUAUGAGCAUUCACAUAGGACCUACGUAGUACGAGUAAUGCAAUGUCUUCACAAUUAAAAGGUUCAACAAACACCAAUGCAUCAUUGUUCGCUAUCAAUCCAUUCCGCCUAAAUUAACAAGACACCUAGAACAUGCCCAACAGAUCCUCGUUGGUUUUCUUCCCUCCUUGCAGCUGCUGUUGUGGCGGAGGAGGCUGACUUGCGCCGCCUAAAUCUAGCCCUGCGAACCCGUUCAUCAUAUCAUUUUGCAUUGAACUCGGACCCGCAGUAGAACUCGACCCAUU